AUGUCGGCAACACACGCAGUGGCAGCCUCUGUCGCGGAAGCAGACCAUGUGAUCGAAUCUGGAAAUUACGAAAAUGGCAAGGAUAUGCUCAUGCAAAUCCUGCAUCGUGUAGCCUCGCCAGCUGACGAAGCCUUGCUGGCGGAACAGGAGCAAGCGCUAUUGCGACUGGGCCAGCUGCACCGUGACCACAAAGAUGCACAUGGCCUCGCAGGCACGGUCAUUGAGUCACGUCAGUUUAUGGCCUCGAUUGCUAAGGCCAAAACGGCCAAGUUGGUGCGCAUUUUGAUCGACUACUUCAACGAUAUUCCUAACAGCCGGGAUGUCCAGAUCCAAGUUACCAAGGAAAACGCCGAGUGGGCCAAGCAGGAAAAACGCAUAUUCCUAAAGCAGAACCUUGAAACUAAACUGAUUGGACAGCUCUAUGAAGCAAAGGCAUACCGUGAAGCAUUGCCUCUCAUUGCGCAGCUGCUAAGGGAGCUCAAAACAUUGGACGACAAAAUGAUCUUGACCGAGGUGCACCUUCUUGAGUCCAAGGUAAAUCAUGCAAUCUCAAAUUUCCCAAAAUCGAAAGCCGCACUCACCUCUGCUCGCACCUCUGCCAACUCGAUCUACUGCCCGCCGCUCAUGCAGGCACAACUAGAUAUGCAGAGUGGUGUUUUACAUGCGGACGACAAAGAUUUCAAAACCGCGGCGUCUUACUUCUAUGAGACUAUGGAAGGGUUCGACUCUGUUGAUGAUGCACGCGCGAUUCCUGCGCUUAAGUACAUGUUGCUGUGUAAGAUCAUGCUGAAUCAGCCAGAAGAAGUGUACUCGAUCCUUGAAGGCAAGAUUGCGAGCAAGUAUGCGAAACACCGUGAGAUCGAGGUGAUGAAGGCUGUAGCAGAGGCUCAGAGUCAUCGAUCUCUGGAAGAUUUUGAGCGCGCGCUGCAACAAUACAAGAGUGAGCUCUCGAGUGAUUUGAUCGUCCGGAACCACCUAUCAGCCUUGUAUGACAAGCUGCUAGAGCAGAACAUUCUGCGUGUGAUUGAACCAUACUCGCGCAUCGAACUGGCACAAAUAGCGAAGCUUGUGCGCCAGCCCGUUCGUGAAGUCGAGCAAAAACUGAGUCAGAUGAUUCUCGAUAAAGAGUUCAAGGGUGUGCUAGAUCAGGGUGCCGGUUGUCUCGUUGUAUUUGAAGAAACGGACGAUGAUGAGACAUAUGAGACCGCGCUCAGCACGCUUAAACAGAUUUCUCAUGUCGUCGACAGUCUAUACCAACAGGCCAACGAACUCACAUAG